AUGGUGAGAUCUUGCUCUUCAAAACCAAAGACUCCUUGGACAGAGGAAGAAAACGUCUCUCAGAAGUUUGUGUUUGCGUCUGCGUCCAAAAACGGAUCUGCAACUCCUAAAAAAAUAGGACUUAGGAGAUGUGGAAAGAGUUGCAGAGUGAGAAAGACUGAUCAUUCAGGAACUAACCAAGAAAGCUUCACUGCUGAAGAAGAAGAUCUCAUCAUCAAGAUGCACGCGGCAAUGGGAAGCAGAUGGCCACUUAUUGCACAACAAAUACCAGGAAAGACAGAAGAAGAAGUGAAGAUGUUUUGGAACUCAAAACUGAAGAAGAAACUGUCUGAAAUGGGGAUAGAUCCUGUCACUCACCGUCCCUUUUCUCACAUACUUGCUGAAUACGGCAACAUCAAUGGUGGUGGAAACCUAAACCCUAAUCCUUUGAACCAAACCGGAUCUCUUGGACGUAAUCACUCGCUCAACGAAGAUGUUCAUCAACAACAACAACCUGGUGAUUCAGGAGAUCUCAUGUUUCAUUUACAAGCAAUCAAGCUUAUGACCGAGUCAUCGAACCAAGUCAAACCCGAGUCUACGUUUAUGUACGCCUCUUCGUCUUCUUCUAACUCGCCUCCUCCAUUGUUCUCUUCAACUUGUUCUACCAUAGCUCAGGAGAAUUCGGAGGUUAACUUCACCUGGUCUGACUUUCUUCUUGACCAAGAAACCUUCAAUCAAAACCAACAGAAUCAUCCUGAUCAAGAACUAGACAACUUUUUCGGUAACGAGUUCUCUGAUCCAGCAGCAGUAGCUACAAUGGCUAAUACAUCAACCUCAGCUUCUCAGAUCGAAGAAGAAUCUUCGAGCAAUGGGUUCGUUGAAUCGAUUAUAGCUAAAGAAAAGGAAUUGUUCUUGGGAUUUCCCAGCUACUUGGAGCAGCCUUUCCAUUUCUAG